UGUAGGCGCCAUGGGGCUGAGCUACUGGCUCUUCGUCUGCUUUUUGCUCUGGAGAGGCCUGGGGCUGUGCUCCCCUCAGCCCUUCUGGAAGGAUUCCACCCGCCACUCCUUGCUCUCUGAACAGCCAGUGUUGGUGGAGUGUCUGGAGGCCCAGCUGGUGGUCACGGUCAGCAGAGACCUUUUCGGUACAGGGAAGCUCAUCAGGCCUGCAGACCUCACCCUGGGCCCUGAUAACUGUGAGCCCCUGGCCUCCAUGGACACCGAUGAUGUGGUCAGGUUUGAAGUCGGGCUGCAUGAGUGUGGCAAUCACUUACAGUUGACUCAUGAUAUGCUGGUGUACAAAACCUUCCUGCUUCACGACCCCCACCCUUGGGGAAACCUGUCCAUCUUGAGGACUAACCAUGUGACGGUCCCCAUCGAGUGCCACUACCCCAGGCAGGGCAAUGUGAGCAGCCAUGCCAUCCUGCCCACCUGGGUGCCCUUUAGCACCACCAUAACCUCAGUGGAGAAGCUGACCUUCUUUCUGUACCUGAUGGAAGAGGACUGGAAGACAGAGAGGAAGUCCCCUACCUUCCAGCUAGGAGAUACAGCCCACCUCCAGGCCUACGUCCGCACCGGCAGCCACGUGCCACUGCGAUUGUUUGUGGACCACUGCAUGGCUACGCCCACGCCAGAUCAGAACAGUGCUCCUUCUCACACCAUUGUGGACUCCCAUGGUUGUCUUGUGGAUGGUCUCUCUGAUGCUUCUUCGGCUUUCAAAGCCCCCAGGCCUGGGCCAGCGACUCUGCAGUUCACAGUGGACAUGUUCUACUUUGCUAAUGACUCCAGAAACACGAUAUACAUCACCUGCCACCUGAAGGUCACGCCGAUUGACCAAGUCCCGGACCAACUAAACAAAGCCUGUUCCUUCAGCAAAUCCUCAGAGAGUUGGUACCCAGUAGAGGGCACCCCUGAGAUCUGUCACUGCUGUGACACAGGGGACUGUGGCUUUUCAAGCCACCCCAGUCUGGCAAGCUCAGCGAAACAGUGGCGUGAGACCCGCAACCGCAGGCACGUGUCAGAAGAAGCAGAUGUCACUGUGGGGCCCCUGAUUUUCCUGGGAAAAGCUGAGGACCAUGGUGUGGAGGAGUCGACUUCCCAUACCGCUGCGGUACUAGGCUUUGGCCUGGUCACGGUGGCAGCCUUGACCCUGGCUACCCUUGCCUUGGGUUUUGCCCGGAGACAUCAAGCUGCUUCCCAUCCUGUGGCAUGUUCUGUGUGUGCUUCCCAAUAAAAGAAGAAAGUGAUCUCGGGGUGGUUACUACAGUGACUACAGGUGGGGUGACCUGGGAAGGGGCAGACUGUCAAAAGGGGCCAUGCGUUCGAAUCACACAAUUUGAGUGUGGCCACACCUCUUGGUGUGAGACUGUCUACUCGGUGGAGAGGCCAGACACCACUGUGGGCAGCAUGUCCGUCCUGCCAGGCUGGUCCUCUGGGGACUAGGACACUGUGCCCUUCAAGGAAGAUAAAAGCUGUUGAGGCUGAAUGUAAGGUGGGCCCUGUCAGGCUA